AUGGGCACUUACUCCCUUGGAUGGCAGUCACUCCACUACCGGGAUUCUACAGCCGCGGGUGGCAACUACUUGGUAACGCAACUCCUCGCGAACUGUUUCGCCAUUUCCGAGCAUGCGCAGACAAGCUCAAGCGGCCACGCAUAUUCCAAGGCCAGCCGGGAUGCGAAUGAACAGUACACAACCCCAAACUCGUACGAAGUGUCUCAGCAAUCCCCUCGUGCUAGCAGCCAGGCUCCAUUCAUCCAGAGCCAGUCCAUAUCUGCUCUCUCUUUGGAGCAGUACAUGAUUCCUCAUCCACCAAAGUCGCAGCGCAAAGCAGGACAUGGUUCUCAGUCCGAAGCGGUAGCCGAUUCAACUGUUCCAAUCCCCACUGCAGACCAAGUCACUCUGCUGCAGGAGAAGAUUGAACGGCUCGAAGACUCGGAGACGGAGAAGGCCCAGCCUCUCGCCAUCGGCUAUGCCCACACAGAGAGCGCGCCCUUGACAAACGGAAAUCACUCUCAGCCUGCUGAAACCCUCUUGUCCUUGUCAAACAAGGGCAUUGCCAGGGGGUUCAUCAUCGAUCCUCAGCCACCAUAUACCGCAACAAUAGCUCGACGAAGCAACGCGACUUCUACUGUUGCGUUCGCAUUCGUGCCAUCAUUCCGUAUUCCCCGCACCGUCGACGCUUCCUCUCCUCCAAUGCCGACCACGGCGACAUGGGAUACCGGCGUCGUUGAUGCUAUUGAGCUGAAGAUGCGCCAGGACCUCGGCAAGAGUGACUCGUGGCGGAGAGAUAAGACAUCUCGCAUAACACACUCCCAUCGUUUGCAAACAUUUGGCCGGCACUCACGCCCUCACUUAAGAGCAUUCCAGGGAGGACAAUCCGAUGCUCUGGUCAACCAGGUGAACAAACUAUUGCUGGAGACGGGUCUUAUGGGACACCGUCAAAUCCCUGAGACGAUGACCGUCAAGACAAUGGUGCCGUUAAGCGCCGAGAUUGUUCCAACCCUCAAGGGGUCCCACCCGCCCGGGCUUUCCGAGCAUAGCCAUGUCCGCCCCAAACAACAACACCCUCUGCGCGGCGAACAACAUCGUGCCGGCGACGAUAGCAACGACCCAAUCGAACCUCCGCCACAGGAGACCUCUGCAAUCUACUCAGCUCCCGCAGUCUCCACAUGGAAUGCUGGUCUAUCACCGUCGCCGCCGCUCCUCAUCAGCCUCAGCAUCCCGUCUUCAACUCCCCAAUUUCCCGACUUCUUGACUUCACGGUUUUCUUCUCCUCUGCAGCUCGCAAACCCAUCGGCCAGUCUCGUGGGCAAUAGCACCAUAGUCUCUGGGCUCAGCAGUCUACCUCCACCUUAA